ACGUGUGGCCCCGGGGCUCUCAGCAGAGUCUGCGCUGGCUCUCUCUCGCUGUUAGCUCUCCUGUGAGAUGCACCACACCGCAGCUGACCAGCCCUGAAUGUGAAAUGGACCAGUAUGGCACGGACACGGAGGCGGACGAACAGGAGAGACUAUUGCUUCACCGAGAAGCGGAGGAUAAAGUCCAGAGAGCUCCAGCAUGCUGUUCAGCACGCUAUGGCCUAGCGUUCCUCUCAUCGUAUGGCUUCUUCGUGGCCUACGCUUUGCGGGUGAACCUCAGCGUUGCCAUGGUGGACAUGGUGAACAGCACCCACGACACCAGCGGCAACCACAGCAGCUCAGUGUGUUCUGGCCACAGUAGCCCUGUACGGCCCAAACACAACCACACGGCCAGUGUGUACAACUGGGACUCUGAGACCCAGGGCUGGAUCCUGGGCUCCUUUUUCUAUGGCUACAUCCUGACUCAGGUCCCUGGGGGCUACCUGGCCAGCCGUUUCGGAGCCAAGUGGCUGAUGGGCCUUGGAAUCCUGGGUACUGUCAUUUUUACACUGCUCACCCCCAUUGCUGCUGACCUGGGUGCUGGCUACCUCAUCGCUGUGAGGGUGCUGGAGGGAAUAGGAGAGGGAGUCACAUUUCCUGCAAUGUACGCCAUGUGGGCAGCGUGGGCCCCACCGAUGGAGAGGAGCCGACUGCUCACCAUUUCCUACACUGGAGCACAGCUGGGCACAGUGAUAGCCCUCCCUCUGUCUGGUGAAAUCUGCUUUUACCUGGACUGGACCUAUAUCUUCUAUGUGUUUGGUGCUGUUGGGCUGCUGUGGUUCGUCUUGUGGGCCCUCCUGGUCUUUAACAGCCCAAAUACUCACCCACGGAUCUCAGAGCGAGAGAGACUCUACAUCACCACCUCCCUCAAGAAUGAGCUGUCCAGCUCAGGCGGCCACAUCCCCUGGGGCUCUAUAGUGACGUCCAGACCACUGUGGGCCAUUGUCAUAGCUCACUUCUCCUACAAUUGGACCUUCUACACCCUCCUCACCCUACUGCCCACCUACAUGAGCGACAUUCUGGGCUUCAGCAUCCAGCAGAACGGUAUGCUGUCGGCUCUGCCCUACAUCGGCUGUGGUUUGCUGGCUGUGAUGGGCGGCCAGGUUGCUGACUACCUGAGGGAAAGCUGCAUGUACCCCACCGUGGCUGUCAGGAAGGCCUUCUCCAUCGCCGGUAUGAUCGGACCAGCGGUGUUCCUGGUGGCAGCAGGAUAUACAGGCUGUAACUACAUCCUGGCUGUGACCUUCCUCACAGUUUCUUCCUCGCUGGGUGGACUAUCGGCGUCAGGCUUCAACAUCAACCACCUUGACAUCGCCCCCUCAUAUGCUGGCAUUCUGCUUGGCAUCACUAACACAUUUGCCACCAUUCCUGGCAUGGUGGGACCAGUCAUAGCCAGUGCCUUGACCAAACAGAAAACCAUAGAAGAAUGGCAGACGGUGUUCUACAUUGCCGCCGGCAUUAACCUGUUCGGAGCAACGUUCUACACCCUCUUUGGGAAGGGAACGGUGCAACCCUGGGCUGUCUCCAGCUCCUACUCUCACGGCGACUGAGGGCCGUAGAAGCAUAACAGACGAUCUCCUUUAACUAAAUGGACAACUGUGACUAACAGCCAUAAUGUUUCAGGGUGUUGUGCACUGUAGCUAUGGGUACACAUGGAUGUUGCUGUCUGACAAACCUAUUAUCACUGAAAUAAAGGCAGAUGGAGUUUUAGUCAUACAAACAUUGCCUGGAGGCAGAAAUAAACUCAUCGCUUGAGUUGAACCUCGGUAUUGGACCUAAAGAACCACAGUUGUCUGGCUAACAUUAGAAGCCCUGUGAAAAAAGGGAAGAGGUAGAUAUUAUAGUCUGCCUUUCUUGCUACUAACUGCUAAUACAGUCUAGCCAUACUAAAGUUAGCUAGCUGGCUAGUUGACCUUCCAAGUGUCAAAGUAGUCACACUCGCCUACAGGUGUCUAGGUAAGCUAGUUAUCUCACCUGCUGACCUGCCAAGAUCAUUAAUGCUAUGGUCAUGAAUAAGUGAAAGAAAGAACUAUCAAUUUACUAUAUAUUUUGGCUAGAGUUCUUUCUUUGCAGUUUUAUUUGCAAUUUGCCAGUUAGCUUGUGGGUCUCAACAGGCUCCAAUAUUUUGAGGUUUAACUCAACCGGUGAGGUUUUUUCUGCCUCUAGAUGAGGCCUGUCUCCAAGAGCUGUCUGACUAAAGGUCCAGUCUGCACCCUCCACUCAUCUACACCAUAAUGAAAAUGUACGUUGUAAAUCAGUGGCACUCUCUGUAGUAGCAAUCCUGUAGUGUCAGUCUACACUCUCCAAAGGACGUCAUUCCCCAUUACUUCUGGGUGUCAACUUUGGGACUACACAUAUUGAUGUAUGUGUCCAAUGUUUUGGCAUUAUGUUUUUGACAACAAUUGUAAGUGUGCUAGAAAGUAGCAAACUUGCACCAUCCCAAACUAGAGACAGAUCUAUUAAAAUGUAACUUCGCUUUUGAGAGCACAUUGUGUCUAGACUGCACAAACACUAGUUGGGGGGAAAAAGCCUUAUAAUGAAGCUGUUUAAAUAUAUUUUAAACCUCUGUCCUAUUUGUGAUUGUAAAUUGAUCAUAUCUUUGUAUUUCCUGGUCCUGUGGUGCAUUUAAGGGAUUAUGUUGUUACUGUUUAUAUUCUUAUUUUUUUUUACACUUAGAAUGUUAUGUAUCAAGGUCGUGUCCACCAGGCGCCUCUUGUUAGCUAGCAGCACUAAACAGAUGCAUGUGGAGAGCAGUGGUCAUGACUGGUGCUGCUGCCGAAUAUUAAAAACCUACCAUUUAAGGCUACCAUAUUUGGUAGAAAUUGAAGUAAUUUUCAAACUCUAGUGCUAUUGACACCUUUGUAAUGAUGGGAGAAAACCAGCACUGAGAAGAUUUUCUUGGUAGAUACAUGCUCAGUUUUGUUUACAUGAUUUGUACUUUUUGUCAGUGUCAAAUCUCAGGUCUCUUAAAAGGAAGUUUGUUCAGUUUUAGCAAAUCUGUUGGUCUGCAGCUCUUUCAUAAAAGUGUCAUUGAUUUGGAUUAACUUACUUGGGUUGUAAUUAUUUGAAAUAUGUUUAACGCCAAAUGAAAAAAUGAUUUCUGUAACUUAAUGGUAAUGGUAAGUUCUAGCUUUGGGUCAAAAAUAUGUGUAGUCAGCUCUGCUGAUUUUGACAUUUUCCAUAAAGUCUGGACUUGAUUUGGGCACAUCUGCGCCAAUGAACCCUUUAUAAAUACUCUCCCAUGAGGAGGGAAAUCAAAAAUAAGCCACAAGUGACACAUUUUGCCUUGGUUCAUAUUUUUGCAAGUAAGUAGCACGCUCGUCCUAACUUAUCUGCACUUGUGCCUUAUUACAUUAGCCUUAACUAGGCUCUGACAAAUCAGGAUGGGAGAUUCACAUGUAGAUAAUAAUAACGACUGUGUGGAUGAAUUCUUCUUGUUGCUGAUUAUUUUACAUCAGAAGUCUCAAUGUACAGGAGUAUAAGGGAACAGAGUGAGGAUAAAGUAUAUGGUUGUCAGUAAAUACUCGUUUUUGAAUUCCUAUCUGGAAACAUUCCAGGUCCAUGUCUCAAAUCACUGUAAUGUAUUGUAAAUGCAUUAUGUUAUUGUAUACAUCAAAUACAGUUAUUGUCAAAGCCAA